AUGAGUUUCGAAACAGACGAACUAAUGCCGGCCAGCCAUAAAGAUAUGCAUACGAAGUUGAGUCACCAAGCAAUACCGAGUCAGACAGAGAUCCUAACACGGAUGAACUUCCAUCAAAGCCAGCUGAUGGUGAUAAUGAUCCAGCAAAAGCAGACCCUGGUCAACCUCCAAAGUCUAGUGACGAAGAACCUGCUGCUGGUGAGGGCUUGUCCGAGGAGGUUCUACGAAGUAGAAAAGAUCUUGGAUCAUGAUGAAACCAAGGAAGGGCUAUUUUAUCUAGUGCACUGGAAAGGUUUUUCGGAAGAAGACGAUUCAUGGGAACCUGCUGAAAAUCUGGUAUUUGCUACUAAAGCUAUCGCUGAGUACGAGUCUACUAAAAAGUCGAAAUCAAAGAAGAACUAUGGUGACACUGCUGUCACACUCAUGAGUAAGAAACGCAGUCGCCAAAAGGCGUCGGUUGAGAAGUCAGAGUCGGAACCGGAACCAGAGAUUCCAUCCGACGAUAUCGAAGAUGAAGAUUACAAUGAAAAACCGAAGAACUCAAAAAAAGCCUCAGCACCACCGAAGGGUUCCGGCACAAUCACCAAAGCGGCACUGAAAUCGUACUCUCCAACUACACCCAGAAAUCGCAGAGGUUCUACAUCCACGUCCACUUACGUGUCACCUUCAGAAACCCUAUCUGCGGCGAAAAAAGAUUUUGAGGUCAAACCUGAUCCAAUGCAGGCCUUGCUCAUGCGCCAGUCUUGGUUGUACGAUAGUGAUUCGGAUGAGGAUUCUGGUACGGAAAAGGAAAAUGAGAAGAAAAUGGAGCAGCGUAAGCAGAUUGAAGAGGAGCAGUCGAGACUCAGGCGAGAGGAGGAACAACAAAAGCAAAAGGAAGAGUCAAGAAAAGUGAUUGAAGAGCCACCGCGAAGCAGUGAGCGCAAGCGCAAAGCCGAAGAUAGCUCAGACAAGAAAAAGAGACACAGGAACGAUGUAUCUGAGAAGCCUGUGGAGGUUGCUAGCCCGACCUCAGAGUCGUAUCAUAAUGGUGAGAAACGCCCUUCAGUUCCUCCAGCUAUUUCAAAUGCACAUUCUUCAUCUGCCCCAAGCACAUCUAUUACCGAACACAAUCCUCAAGAAGAAGUGCAGAUAUUUGCUAUUGGUAAAGUGAAUGAUGGACGUAUCAGAGUGGUGAUUGGAAAUGACCAGGCAAAGAAAGUCGUUUCUUUACGCGAUGCGCACGAUGCCAACUCGUGGGGAUUAUUGCAGCACCUUCUGCAAUAUGCUAUUUUUGAUGAUUUCGAUGAAUAG